AUGCAAGAUCAAACGAAAUAUAGUGCUCAAAGCUACGCAGCUGAUCCAAGAAAUGACAGCGUUAAAGUGUACGUAAACGGUGAAUUCUGUCCUAGAAAUGAGGCCUCCGUUUCAGUCUUCGAUGCUGGGUUUGCUUUAGGUGAUGGUGUCUGGGAAGGCAUGCGCUUAAUCAAUGGCAAACUAUUAGCGAUUGACGAACAUAUAGAUCGUCUCUAUUCCGGUGCAGCGAGUAUUCAAAUUAAUAUCGGAUUAUCAAAAGAUGAAAUGAUUCGUGAAAUCUACAAAACGACCGAAAAGAAUGACAUGCAUGAUGGUGCGCAUAUUCGCCUGAUGCUCACUCGUGGUACAAAAAAGACUCCCAAUCAAGACCCUCGUUUCGCGCUUGGCCCUCCAACAAUCGUGAUCGUCGCUGAAUAUAAAGCUCCCAAUCCAGCUAUAUGGUCCAAGGGACUUAAACUACUUACAUCUACCAUUCGCUGUAGUACACCAGAUGUAUUUGACUUACGAUUAAAUUCUCACAGUAGGUUGAACUUUAUCCAGGCGCUCCUACAAGCUAUCAACGUUGGAUGCGAUGAGGCGCUGAUGUUAGACCCUCGUGGAUUUGUUGCCAGUUGUAAUUCAACCAAUUUCUUCAUUGUGCGCAAAGGUGAACUCUGGACAUCAACUGGGCUAUAUAAUUUCAAUGGUAUAACCAGGAAGAAGAUAAUAAAAUUAUUCAAAGAAAAGGUGGGAACUGUACGUGAGGUCGAUUUCACCUUAGCAGAGACGUAUUCUGCUGACGAGGCUUUUGUUACUGGAACACUAGGUGGAGUUACACCUGUUACCUCGAUCGAUGGUCGUGCUAUUGGAAAGGGCUUGCCUGGAAAGGUAACGACGAAAAUAAGUGACAUAUAUAAGGAAUUCAUUUAUUCUUGA